CAACUUUGCAGUUUUUGUACACUAUUCACAGCCUCCUGAAUUGAACAUAAAAGUGGGCCUUGUGAUGGACCAUACCACACUCGCACCUGAAACGUUCCAGCUGUUACAAAAAUUUCAAUCUUGUACAAAAUGGUUUAUAGACAGGCGGCCGGCCUAGCGUGUUUCUUCAUCUCUUGUGCCUCGGCCUUGGAAAACAACACAUUCGUCUUCUCUGUCGAUCUUUUCGCCUCAGAAACGGGCUACUACACGGUAGAAGGUUAUGAAGGUCUUCAACCCACGCUGACGAUGGUGCGCGGCGAAACGUACACAUUUGUGCAAAAGGAUAUCAGCAAUUGGUACCAUCCGCUCGGGUUUGCAUACUUUGCUGACGGUGCACAUGAGGGAGUAGAUGAGCUUGAAGAGGGACUGCGAGGCGGAGAUUAUCCUGUUUACAUGAUUAACAACGAGUUGUCCGAGCUGGAUAUAUAUGAGCCAGAAUUCACCUUCCCCCUUGAGUUCUGGGAGACGAACAACUACACAGUUGAACUAACGAUCAAUGACCCGAAUCUAACAGAUUUCUUCUAUUUCUGUCAUGUGCAUAACAAAAUGUCCGCCAGGAUAGUCGUAGUGGACAACGAGGGUGAUCAGCCAACUGAGGCCGAGCUACAACCGUUGUAUGCAUUCACUAAUCAAUCGGGAUUCGAUAGUAUGUGCGGUACCACAGAUGCGGCACAGUUCAGUGCGCAGAGCGGCGGCAUAGACGAGUACUGUGACGGUAGCGUAUUCUUAUGCGGUGACCAAGAUGACAAGUUCGUGCAGUGUAUAAAUGCAAUCGACUGUAAGAUGAACUACGAGAUGACCGUGGAGAAUUACGGCAAUAACUCUAUCGUCACCUUUAUGCACCAGAUGAUUCCUCACCACGUGAACGCUGUAAAUAUGGCCAAGAUCUUACUCAAGGAGAUACUUGAGGACAAUGUGGACGACCCUGAUGUGGAAGUAAUGCUGCGAGACGUUAUCAACACACAGAAUGCCCAGAUCACCUUUAUGCGUGGCUAUCUCACGGAACUCGGCCAACUUGAAGUCCCUUUGUGUACUGCACCUGAGUCGGAUCCUGCAACAACUGAAGAUGUCAUUUUCACUGAGGAAAGUGUGCCAGCUUUUAUUGCCAUUGAGGAAAGUGUGCCAGCUUCCGAGGUGUCCGAAGCUCUAGAGCAGAGUAUGCCGGCUGCAGAAGAAAGUGCACCAGCUGCAGAGGAAAGUGCGCCAGCUGCAGAGGAAAGUGCGGAGGAGAGUGCACCUUCAGAGACGCAAUAACCACCCCAACAUAAUGUUCACUCUAUCAAUAGGGGUGUAGAAAGCAAUACUGCUUCGAAAUAUCGUAUUCAAGACUUUCACAUUCUCAGGGAAGGAUGCAAAGUCAAGCAUAUGCUAAAGCACUAAAUUCUAUAAGAAAUA